CUGCCCGGAUUCAAGAUGGCGGCCGCGGUGGGCGUGGCCACUCGCUCCGAACGCGGGGAGGCGUGGCAUCGGCGGCCGCGGGGGGCGUGGCCAGCCACUGGGCGCCGUGGGGAGGGUGGGAUCAUGGCCGCCGCCGUGGAGCGGAAUCCCACGGACGGGGAGGCGGAGGAGGAGGAGGAGGAGCAGCUGGUUCUGGUGGAAUUGUCAGGAAUUAUCGAUUCGGACUUUCUCUCUAAAUGUGAAAAUAAAUGCAAGAUUUUGGGAAUUGACACUGAGAGGCCCAUUCUGCAAGUGGACAGCUAUGUAUUUGCUGGCGAGUAUGAAGACACUCUUGGGACCUGUGUUUUAUUUGAAGAAAAUGUUGAACAUGUGGAUGCUGAAGGCAACAAUAAAACAGUGCUAAAAUAUAAAUGCCAUACGAUGAAGAAGCUCAGCAUGACAAGAACUCUUCUGACAGAAAAGAAGGAAGGAGAAGAAAGCAUAGAUGGUGUGGAAUGGCUACAAAUCGAGGAUAAUGAUUUCUCCACUAGACCCAACAUGAUUUGUAACUUUCUACAUGAAAAUGAAGAUGAAGAAGUUGUAGCUCCAGCCCCAGAUAAACCUUUGGAGUUGGAAGAGCAAGAGAUUCAAAUGAAAUUUAAUUCAAGUCUGAGCUAUGAACAGGAAAAACCACCGCACUUGGAAAUAGAGGAUUCUGGCCCUCUUAUUGAUACUCCUUCUGAAACAGAAAGUUCUGUGUGUAUGGAAACUCAAGAUGCUGCCUUAGAAACUACUCCUAGAUAAAAUGUUUUUAAAACUAGUUAAAAAAUUUUUUUUAAGUUUUUAUAUAAAA